AGUCCCCAGAGCUGGCCUUCCUUGUUUACUUAUUUAGAAGUCAGCAGAGGAAGUGGUAAAGGAAACUAGCUGAGCCGUUUUCUGAGAAGAGACCAUAUUUGUUCACAGGGGAAGCCACUGCUUCUUGGGAUCUGGUUAGAACAGAAACAGUGCCUGUUCAACAAGGGUGUUCCUGAGCGUAGUUGGAAUUUGGAAGAGCCGGGGACACCUCAGUGCUCUAGGUCUGGGUUUUUCUCUGUUCAUGGCUGCAGCGGCUCUCCCCAGCCUGUGAGCUCCCCGAAUAGCAGCCAUGGCCUUGAAGAAUGUGCCCUUUCGCUCAGAGGUCUUAGCCUGGAACCCGGACAGCCUAGCUGAUUAUUUUAGGAAGUUGAACUACAGGGACUGUGAGAAGGCGGUGAAGAAAUACCACAUUGACGGCGCUCGGUUUUUGAACCUGACAGAAAAUGACAUCCAGAAGUUCCCUAAGCUGAGGAUGCCGAUUCUCAGUAAGUUAAGUCAAGAUAUCAACAAGAAUGAAGAGAGAAGGAGCAUUUUUACACGCAAACCCCAGGUUCCUCGAUUUCAAGAGGAAACAGAAAGCCAUGAAGAAGACAAUGGCGGCUGGUCAUCCUUUGAAGAAGAUGAUUAUGAAAGUCCCAAUGACGAUGAUCCGGAAGGGGAGGACGACGGUGACUAUGAGUCCCCCAAUGAGGAGGAAGAGGCUCUGGUGGAUGAUGCAGCUGAUUAUGAACCUCCACCCUCUAAUGAUGAGGAGGCACUGCAGAACUCCAUCCUGCCUGCCAAGCCUUUCCCCAACACCAACUCCAUGUACAUCGACCGGCCUCCCACCAGCAAGGUCUCCCAGCAGCCUCCGGUGCCCCCACAGAGACCAAUGGCCGCCCUCCCUCCUCUGCCAACAGGCCGGAAUCACUCGCCACUAUCUCCACCCCAUCCGAACCAUGAAGAACCCAGCAGAAGUCGAAACCACAAACCAGCAAAAUUGCCUGCUCCAUCAAUAGACAGAAGCACAAAACCUCCCCUCGACCGCUCAUUGGUGCCUCUUGACCGAGAGCCCUUCACACUAGGAAAGAAACCAACAUUUUCUGACAAGCCCUCAGCCCCUGUGGGAAGGAUUCAUGGGGAGCAUUUACCCAAGAUACAAAAGCCUCCUUUUCCACCAGCAGUGGAUAGACAUGAAAGGAGUGAAAGGAGCGGACCCUUGAUACCAAAGAAGCCACUAGUUCCAAGGCCUGGACGGGGACUGGACAGAAGGGAGAAUGAUGAAGAUGAUGUGCACCAAAGACCUUUGCCCCAGCCAUCACUACCUCCUAUGAGCUCCAACACAUUCCCCUCAAGAUCUGCCAAGCCCAGCCCUAAGCACACAUUUCCAUUGUCUCACAUGCCGGGAGCCUUCUCAGAAAGUAACAUUGGCUUUCAGCAGAGUGCCUCCCUGCCACCAUACUUCUCUCAAGGUCCCAGCAACAGACCACCUUUCAGAAAUGAAGGCAGAAACUUACCCUUGCCAGUUCCAAAUAGGCCACAGCCUCCAUCUCCUGAGGAAGAAGAGACUGCAUUAGAUGAAGAGUGGUAUGUCUCUUAUAUCACCCGACCAGAGGCAGAAGCUGCUCUUAGGAAGAUAAACCAGGAUGGUACUUUCCUGGUAAGAGAUAGUUCUAAGAAAACAGUAAGCAAUCCAUAUGUCCUCAUGGUGUUGUACAAAGACAAAGUUUACAACAUUCAGAUCCGUUACCAGGAGGAAAGUCAAGUAUACUUGUUGGGGACUGGACUUCGAGGAAAAGAGGACUUUCUGUCUGUAUCAGAUAUUAUUGACUACUUCAGGAAAAUGCCACUGUUGCUCAUUGAUGGGAAAAACAGAGGCUCUAGAUACCAGUGCACACUGACACACGCUGCAGGGUGUCCAUAGCAAGUCAGUCAAGCAAAUCAACGUUCCUGACCCUGUCAUCAACGAGGGAAGAUCAAGCGACCUUAGGACAUGGAUGGACACUUAGGACUAAAGCAAGCCCCGCCAUUCAGGCACAGAGUUUUGCCCUUUCCUUUAAAAAGUGUUUGAAGAUUGCUAAAUACCCCAUAACUUAUUUAUGUUCUUCGAUGUCUGCAAAGUGCAGAAGUAAUCACGUCCACAUAUGAAGUUUGAGUGCAUUGCAGUACUUCAUCUCAAGACCUGAGAUUUUGAACAAUCCAUCUCAAAAUCCAGCACUUUACAUUUUGUAGAAAUAAUGUGGGCAAGUUCAAGAAGUACUAGAACUGAUCACUUUUGAUAGCACACAUUUUAUAAUGAAAUUUUGCCAAUCUGAGGCAAUUUGUUUUUUACACAACUUAAAACAAUUAACUUGAGGCUCUAAAAACAUAACUUCAUUCUUUCUUAUUUGGUUUUGUGGAAAGUACUUUUUAUGUAAUUUCCAUAUUUGAGAUAAAUGCAUGUUGGGACAACUUCCUGGAAUUAAAUCUUUCUCUUUACUCUUCUAGACCCUUAAAACAACUUUAUUGUUUACUCCACACUGUUAUAUUUUGGUUUUAAAGUAAAUGUAAGCUACAAAUUCUGUAAGAAGAAAAUGGUUUUAGAUUCAGUGCUGCAGCUUUGCUGUCAAACACGCCAUUUCUAUUGCUUCUUUAUCCAUCCUCCCAUAUCUACAUCCACAGUGUAACUGUCCAUGCCAGUCUUGAAAAGAUCUCCUGGGAAGAUGAAGCAAUGCUUUGUACACAUACAUGCACAUACAUACGCGCACACACUCAUUUCUAGCCCACCACUUGUAUUAGCUGGUUUUCAGUGGAAAGUUUUUGCUCAGUAUGGUUGUUUGUUCCUGUUCCUUUUGGACUAUGAUGGUUCAUACAGGGUAUUGAAGUGAGAAUGUGUGGAGGACAUUCAUUCACCUCACUGUGGCUGGGAAGCAAAAGGGAAAGAAGAUUGAGUACUCCCCUUCAAGGGUAUGCACCUACUGACCCAGCUCCAUCCCACUAGGCUCUGCCUUCUAUGUCUUGCCACUGACCACUAUUGCCCUGUGCAGGGCAGGGGGCUGUCAAGCCUCUAACACAGGAGCCUUUGGAGAUUACCUACCCAAACCUCAGUUCUGCUUACAAGUGUGCUGUGACUCCCGUCUGUCUCAUCCUUCUCAGAUGGACUUAUGAACUUUUAAAAGCACCUCAACUGUCUUUCAAUCUAUAAAUCACCCUUUUAAAACGUACAGUUGGGUUUAUGUUUAUGUUGCUUUACCAUUUAUGACUGCAGGGUACACACCAGUAUGUUCAGUGUAAUAUGUUGCAGGUGGGUUUUUUUUUUUCCUUUUCCAGGGGACAUAUGGAAAUUCAAUAAAUUAAAUAAUAUAGUCAGCAUUUUAAGACAAAA